AUGGGCGACGCCGGUAAAGCUGGUGUCUGUGCUGAGCACAACUCCUUUCCCACUCCCUUCGCCCAGCGGCCCAUCAUCAUCCUAGGUGCCGGGAUUAUCGGAUGUGCCACCGCUCGGCAGCUCCUUUUGCAGGGAUUCUCCGUCCAGCUCGUGGCAGAGUUUCUCCCCGGAGAUCAGGAUAUUCACUAUGCUUCCGCAUGGGCCGGUGCAGCCUGGCACGCCGCAGGUGGCAUCACUCCGGAGCAGCGUUAUUUGCAAGCCGUCACUCAUCGCAUCUUGCUUCAAAUGGCCCAGGACCCGGAGUCCGGCGUGAGUGUUGUUGAUGCUCGGGAGUUCCUAGAGAAAGAGCCAGCUCCAGAUUCCGCCAUCUGGGGGAGGACGAUCGUGUCCAAGUUCCGCGAGAUGGACCGCACAGAGUAUCCCGCCGAAUUCCACAGCGCCUGGGCUUAUGAGACCCUCGUUUCAGAUCCAACCCGCCAUAUGCCUUACCUACACCGACAGGUUCAGUCUUUAGGAGGUCGAUUUAUCCGACAGCGAGUGCAAUCACUUCAAGAGCUUUACGACAUGUUCCCCGACUCCCGGAUCUUCAUCAACGCGAGUGGAAUCGGCAGCAAAACUUUGACGGACGUCCUGGAUGACCGCUGCUUCCCCGAACGUGGUCAGAAUGUGUUCCUUCGCACCGACCAGUGCCACACGAUGUAUUUCCGCAACGGCCAAGAGUACACCUACGUGAUUCCCCGGCCCCAGUCCGGCGGGGUGGUGCUCGGAGGCGUCAAGCAGCAAGAUGACUUGUCAGUGCCCGUCCCCAUCCAAUCUAUUCGAUCUCACUUCCAUGGCCUUGGGAGAGAUAAGCGAACCGCCACUGACCCUAGAACCAGGUCCCCGGAAGUCGAUCUUGAUAUCGCGUGGGAUGAGAUCACUCGUGCGCACCGGUUGGCACCUCACAUUGUCCCGGAACAGCCUGCAGAUGAAACCAAUGGAGCGCGCACGGUGCUGUCAGCCUAUGGGUUUGGUGGCGGGGGAUAUGCAUUUUCGUAUGGAAUUGCCGACGCGCUGGUGAAGAUGGUGGAGGAGGCUGAGCGGGAGAACGUCAUUGUUUAG